UUCCUGUCUCACAGAUGAGGAAACUGAGGCUUAGCGAAGUUUGGUAAAUUGCCUAAGUUCCUACAGCUAUUUCUAUGAAGAACUACUGAGCCUUCUGGAGCAACAGAAAGUGUUGACUCAAGCCUGUUUCCUCCACUCCCUCGCUGCCCCACCUUCCAGAGAAGUCAAAAAAAAUCUCCCUACCAACUGACUGAGGAUUACAUUUUUUUUUAAUUGAGAAGCAAAAGUUUUCCUUCAACUGUUAGGUGAUCAAAGGUUUAAAAUGCAAAAUACUUUGAAGAAGAUCCAUUAACUAAAAAAUUCAUUCAUUAAUCAGCAGUUAGAGAUUGUGGGAUUAGUGAUAUGCUUUUCUAAAGAGUAGAAAAGUCGAAGAUGUCUAGACAGAAUUUUGUGGCUUUGACAGUGACUACCCUUCUGGGUGUGGCUAUAGGGGGGUUUGUCCUCUGGAAAGGCAUCCAGCGCCGCCGAAGGAGUAAAACGAGCCCUGUGACCCCACAGCCACAGCAGAAAGUGCUGGGCAGUAGAGAGCUGCCCCCUCCAGAAGAUGAUCAGCUGCACUCCAGUGCCCCCAGAUCCUCGUGGGAGGAACAGAUCCUUAAAGCAAAGGUGGUGACGGUGUCUCAGGAGGCAGAGUGGGAUCAAAUCGAGCCCUUGCUUAGAAGUGAAUUAGAAGAUUUUCCAGUACUUGGAAUUGACUGUGAGUGGGUAAAUUUGGAAGGCAAAGCCAGCCCUCUGUCACUUCUACAAAUGGCCUCCCCAAGUGGCCUCUGUGUCUUGAUUCGCCUGCCUAAGCUAAUCUGUGGAGGAAAAACACUACCGAGAACAUUACUGAAUAUUUUGGCAGAUGGCACCAUUUUGAAAGUUGGAGUGGGAUGCUCAGAAGAUGCCAGCAAGCUUCUGCAGGAUUAUGGCCUUGUUGUUAGGGGGUGCCUGGACCUCCGAUACCUAGCCAUGCGGCAGAGAAACAAUUUGCUCUGUAAUGGGCUUAGCCUGAAAUCCCUCGCUGAGACUGUUUUGAACUUUCCCCUUGACAAGUCCCUUCUACUUCGUUGCAGCAACUGGGAUGCUGAGACUCUUACAGAGGACCAGGUAAUUUAUGCUGCCAGGGAUGCCCAGAUUUCAGUGGCUCUCUUUCUUCAUCUUCUUGGAUACCCUUUCUCUAGGAAUUCACCUGGAGAAAAAAACGACCACAGUAGCUGGAGAAAAGUCUUGGAAAAAUGCCAGGGUGUGGUCGACAUCCCAUUUCGAAGCAAAGGAAUGAGCAGAUUGGGAGAAGAGGUUAAUGGGGAAGCAACAGAAUCUCAGCAGAAGCCAAAACAUAAGAAGUCUAAGAUGGAUGGGAUGGUGCCAGGCAACCACCAAGGGAGAGACCCCAGAAAACAUAAAAGAAAGCCCCUAGGGGUGGGCUAUUCUGCCAGAAAAUCACCUCUUUAUGAUAACUGCUUUCUCCAUGCUCCUGAUGGACAGCCCCUCUGCACUUGUGAUAGAAGAAAAGCUCAGUGGUACCUGGACAAAGGCAUUGGUGAGCUGGUGAGUGAAGAGCCCUUUGUGGUGAAGCUACGGUUUGAACCUGCAGGAAGGCCCGAAUCUCCUGGAGACUAUUACUUGAUGGUUAAAGAGAACCUAUGUGUAGUGUGUGGCAAGAGAGACUCCUACAUUCGGAAGAACGUGAUUCCACAUGAGUACCGGAAGCACUUCCCCAUCGAGAUGAAGGACCACAACUCCCACGAUGUGCUGCUGCUCUGCACCUCCUGCCAUGCCAUUUCCAACUACUAUGACAACCAUCUGAAGCAGCAGCUGGCCAAGGAAUUCCAGGCCCCCAUUGGCUCUGAGGAGGGCUUGCGCCUGCUGGAAGAUCCUGAGCGUCGGCAGGUGCGUUCUGGGGCCAGGGCCCUACUCAACGCGGAGAGCCUGCCUGCUCAUCGAAAGGAGGAGCUGCUGCAAGCACUCAGAGAGUUUUAUAACACAGACACGGUCACAGAGGAGAUGCUUCAAGAGGCUGCCAGCCUGGAGACCAGAAUCUCCAAUGAAAACUAUGUUCCUCAUGGGCUGAAGGUGGUGCAGUAUCACAGCCAGGGUGGGCUGCGCUCCCUCAUGCAGCUGGAGAGCCGCUGGCGUCAGCACUUCCUGGACUCCAUGCAGCCCAAGCACCUGCCCCAGCAGUGGUCAGUGGACCACAACCAUCAGAAGCUGCUCCGGAAAUUCGGGGAAGAUCUUCCCAUCCAGCUGUCGUGAUAGCUGCUUUCCUCCCAGUUAGGACAGGUGGGAAGCUGGAGCCAAGGUUGAAGAGUCGCCUCUUCCCAUUUUAAUACAUCAUUAAUUGUCAAAACCUGGGUGACACGAAUCAGAAUACUAACCUAGACUAAUCCUAGGAUGCUUCUGCUGGAGCAAAGAUAUUGUUUGAAGGAGAGUUUAUGGUUUUGGAUUUUAAGCGGGCAGGGUCUUUUAUCCUCUCUUAUUUUUGUGGACAAGAGAGGCCUUGGCCUUUAUUUUUACUCUCCCUCUUCUGCUGUCCCUGUGCAGAGGAAAAAUGAAGAAUUCUCCCAGAAGUGACUUGUCAAGACUUUCAAAAAAUGUUUUUAAUGCAUUUCUUCCUUGUCUGGUGCCUCAGUUUAUCUCUAACAGGGGCUGUCCAGUAUAUCAGUCCCGUUAAGAGGGAAGAAAAAGUUCUUCCAAAGGCUGGAGAAGUGAGCAAGGAGUCAAAUUUAUUUUCCCAGUUCAACCUCAUCAUUAUCAUUUAUUUGGCUUCAUGCUCUCCCGUAACUCAUGUAGUUGAGAUCCAUCCCAUCUGGGUCACUUCAGUCUACUUCACAUACUUGAAAAGGCUUUCCUUUACACAUUCAGGACCAAACAGCAAAUUCCUGCCACAUGCUUCCACCCUAUGGAGAAAUCCUUUUCUGGAAAUGAGCCUUUGACCAGGGUGGGGCAGAAAGAACCACAAACUCCAUCUCCCAAUAGAACUUUGAAAUUCACUCAGCUUUUCCUUUCAUGCUGUUUGUUGCCUGCUUGUUGCACUUCUCCUGCCCCAGAACUGCAAGAUUUUUAGCUUCACCACUUUCUGAGGGGAAUGUUAUCUUUUAUCCGAAUCAGUAUCAAUUUCCCUAUAUUCUGUGCUUCAUCGAAUUUGCAAGACUGACCUCUUUUAAGCAUUUAAUUCACUCCCAGAGUCAUCUGGUCAGGUUGCAAUAUGAGGACUUCUCUGUCUCCUCUGAAGCCUGGGACACUGAGGUUACUUAAUACAUUAGAUGUUCAAAAGAGGAGUGUUGUUUCAUCUUUCAAAAUGUUAGGCCAUCACUUUGAGUAUAAAAUUGACUUAUUAAUGAUUAGUAUUUUUUCUAAAGUAUUAGGAAAACUUUCUUAUUUUAUAAGAUCUUAACAAGCUUAAAAAAGAAUUUUAUGACCAGAAUCCAACAAGAGCUCUAUUUUGGAAUUGUGCCCAAGCUGGUGAUGUUUGCUUUAAAAUUGAUAAAUAAAACUACUUGUAAGCACAAGG